AUGGUUAGGCCUACCAGUUUUGAUGAACUGAAAGCAUAUUUUGGCCUACUUUACUUAGCUGGAACAUUGCAUGGCAGUAAAAUGAGUAUUGAAACUUUUGAAUACAGAUGGGACAGGAAUAGAAACCUUUCGUUUGACUACAUCUGCACAAGGGGAGAAAGAAAAACACAACAUAAUCUUGAUGCCAUAAGGACUAUUCUUAAUAUGUUUGUCUCCAACAGCAGAGCAUAUUUAGCUCCAUCAGAAAACGUCACUUUGGACGAAAUGCUCGUUUCAUACAGAGGCAGGUGCAAGUUCAUGAUGUAUAUCCCAAAUAAACAUGUCAAGUAUGGGAUCAAGGUCUUCAUCCUGGCUAAAACGUACUAUUUAAAUCAUUUGGAAGUUUCUGCAGGUGCACAACCUCAAGGACCGUACAAAGUCAGUAACGAGGCAGAUGAUGUUGUUUUCCGUCUUGUAGACCCACCUGAAAUUUCGUUUGACUUUUUACCCAAAAAGCCUAAAGAAGAGCACUCAAAUAUGUUUGGAUUUCAGGAAAACGUCACAUUAUUUUCAUAUGCACCAAAACGGAACAAAUCAGUACUUAUUUUGUCGUCAAUGCACCAUAAUGAUGAAAUUGACAGUGACAGCGGUGGAAAGAAAAAAGCAAGUACAAUAACAAACUACAACAAAACCAAGGGCGACGUAGACGUCGUUGAUGUUAUGUGUGGUAAAUAUAGUGUUGCUAGAGGGACAAGACAGUGGCUUCUGUUGUUGAACAUUGCAGCUCUCGAUGGAUACAUUGUCUUCAAAGCCAACAAAAAUGUAUAA